AUGCGUUGGUCGCCCUCGUUUUUCUCUUCCAUCUCCAAACCCUUUCGUCGCAUCGAGUCGCCGAAACAAUACGCGCGCAGAAUGGCUGCUCUUCCUUCUACCUACGACGGGCCUGUCCCGAUUGCUGUCAUUGGCGGUACUGGACUGCGUGAGCUGCCUGGUUUCACCCAAGUAGCCUCUCUGUCCAUCAACACUCCCUGGGGUGAAACCUCCUCGCCCAUCACCAUCCUGCACCACCAGUGCAAGCACAAUGACAAGACUGUCGCCGUGGCCUUCCUGAGCCGUCACGGUGCUCACCACCAGAUCGCCCCUCACGAAGUCCCCGCUCGUGCCAACAUCGCCGCUCUGCGCUCCAUUGGUGUCCGCAGCAUCAUUGCCUUCUCCGCCGUCGGCAGUCUGCAAGAGGCCAUCAAGCCCCGCGACUUUGUCAUCCCCGACCAGAUCAUCGACCGUACCAAGGGUGUCCGUCCCUGGACCUACUUCGAGAAGGGUAUUGUUGCUCACGUCCCCUUUGGUGACCCCUUUGACGAGGGUAUUGCCAAGGUUGUGCGUGAGUGUGGACACAGUCUGGAGGGAGAUGGGGUUGUCCUGCACGACCGUGGCACCAUCGUCUGCAUGGAGGGCCCGCAGUUCUCCACUCGUGCUGAGAGCAACAUGUACCGCGCCUGGGGCGGUAGCGUGAUCAACAUGUCCGUUCUCCCCGAGGCCAAGCUGGCCCGCGAGGCGGAGAUCGCUUACCAGAUGAUCUGUAUGUCGACGGAUUAUGACUGCUGGCACGACUCGGCGGAUGUCACCGUGGAGAUGGUGAUGGGCCACAUGAAGGCGAACUCUGAGAAUGCUCGUCGCUUUGUUACCGCAGUCCUGGAUGCUCUCGCUGGAGAGGAGCACAGUGAGCUGAUCCAGGCCAAGCACCUUGCUGGAUCGAUCAAGUUCGGAGUCACUACUCCACAGCCGCACUGGAACGCCGAGGCCAAGGAGAAGCUGGACUGGUUGUUCCCUGGUUACUUUUAG